UGUAUGCGAUUGUCGCUCUUUUCCAUCAUAUGUCUAUGUGAGUGUAUUGUAUAGAGUUCACAAUAAAGAACUCUUUGGUAUAAUACUAAAACCUCUUUUCAUCGUUUUAUAAGUUACAUCGACUAAAGUCGAUUGACAAAUGCACCACUACAACGAAAUUUUGCUGGUUUUGAUAAAUGUACACACAAAGGAGUACUUCUCUUUUCGCUCGAAUACCAUGACAUCGUUGAGACUUUGAAGCCAUAAAAAGUCUUUUUUUACACUGACACCAUGUAAACGGUGUGAGUGUGUUGUUGUUGUUGUUUUUGUCUUCAUUCGACUAUUGUUGUUGUUCGGCACAUCCGAUUCGACAUAAUCUAUUGCAUAGUAUUAAUGAAACUGAACGAAGACCGAAGACCACGAAAACGGAAACUACACUUGUUUGUUUGAAUUUCAUUUCAUUUUAUUUUUGCUCGCUAUUUUGCAUCGGUGAAUUUAGUGGUAUGUCCAAAAGUUACAGUGUGUGUAUGUGCGUGUAAAAAAAAGUAAGACCAUAGCACCAAAAAGAUACAGCCAUCGAGAAAUUUUCUCAAUAAUAUUUUUUGCCGAAAAAAAGAAAAGAAACUAGAGAGGAACUCGCACACGAACACCGCCGUUUACGGGCAUCGAACCACAAAUACACGAUUGUAUAUGUCUAUUUUUGGAUUUAAUAUUAUUUGAUUGUGCGAGAGUUCGUCCAAGUUUUUCUCUCGUUUUAUCGCUCAUUCUGCGUUCAUUCAGUUGAGUUUGAAAGAAAGCUAUUUUGUGAAAAAAUUUAAUUCAGAAUUUGUCAAUGAAUCGAAUUUGUUAUUUACGCUAUUUGAAGAAUUUUUUAUCUGGCUGAGUGCGAGUGUGUGUGACUAGAGUGCGGGUGUGUGAAUGUGACACAUUAACUGAAAUUCGAAUGCACAUUUAGAAGAAGAAGAAAAAAAACAUUGCAGAAAAUCCAACGAUAGUGAGUUAAUAUGAGUCAUUCCGACAAUGAACUGGAAUAAUAAUUAAAAACCGACUCAAACAUUAUUAAGGCGGAUUUCAGUCUGAAUUUUAUUUUUACACCAUACAUUUUGAAUGUUUUAACGGGAAAUUUUCGUUUCAUUUUAAAUUCGUCCCUUGUGCGCUUUAUAUUGCUGUGUCGGCGAAGGAGUCUUUCGAUUGGUUUUUCUUUUUCUCGGCGUAAUUAAGUUCAAAAAUGGCAGUGGAUUUGGACAAAAAUAGAAAUGACAUUGUGAACGCUUGGAAGGAUGUUGUUGAUGCAAAGACCGACACCGAUUGGGCUUUAUUUGGUUACGAAGGUCAUUCAAAUGUACUGAAAGUGGUAUCGACGGGAAAUGGCGGCCUCAUUGAACUUACCGAUGAAUUGAAUAGUGGCAAAAUUUUAUAUGCAUUUGUUAAUAUCUCUAAUGACAAAACCAAUUUAACCAAGUAUUUAUUGAUUAAUUGGCAGGGAGAAGGAGCCCCGACACUUCGUAAAGGCACUUGUGCCAAUCAUAUUCGUGAAAUUUCAAAGGUCCUAACUGGAGCUCAUCUAACAUUAAACGCUCGCACUGAAGAUGACAUCGAUACCGAUCGCAUUUUAGCAAAACUGAAUAGCAUUCGAUUUGCGGUUAAAGAAAAUCGACCACGAAUUGAAGAUGAACCUCAAAAAGUCAUUGGCACAAAUUAUUCGCGUGUGAUACCGUCAAAGGAAAUAAAUUCGAAAGAUCGUGACAAUUUUUGGAAGAAAGAAGAAGAAGAGGAACGUAUUCGCACGGAAGCUGAACGUGAAAAGCAACGAAUUGCAAAGAUAGAGUUGGAAAAAGAGCAGAGAUUGCGUGAAACGCAGGAACAUUCGGAGCGUGAAAAAAGAAGACUUGAAGCGGCUGCUGAAUCGAAUGCCAAUGGCGUUAAAUUAGACGAGCCGAAGAACAUUCAAAUGCCAAAGCCGAGUGUUGAACGCUCGACCACGCAAGCUGAAGAGAUGCGACAACAGCGCAAUCAAGAGGCGAGACAAUUGAUUGGAAACAGUGUGGAUAAAGCAAAAGCAAUUUUUGCUCAAAACACAGCAGCUGGACAGCUACAGAAUAAGUCGGUAAAAAUAGCACCGCUAAAACCGGCUCGAAAUUCCAUCACACGCUCAACAACAUCAACAAACAACAAUCAACAACAGCAGCAAUCACCUGAACCAGAAAAAAAUCAACAGCAACAACAAUCCGAACAAUCCGAAUCACCUACCGGCACAUUGAAUAAUAAUUUACAAGAGACUACCGUCGCUGAUCAACCAAUACAUACAUUGGAUGACGAUGACAGCGAUCCAUAUUCAACAAUUAAACGUUCGCCUUAUACAAAAGUAAAUACAAAUAGUUGUCAAAGUGAAACGAGUGCCAAUAACAAGCAAAGCGAUAACGUCCAAACGGAAUCCGUAACAAAUCAACAAAAUACGGUCGGAAAAGAGCAGGAAAUGCAACAAGCAGAACAUGAACUAGAGAUUGCAGGCGAUCAACUGGCUUUCGAUGGAUCAUUGCAAGAUCAUGGUCUUCGAGCUCGUGCAUUAUAUGACUAUCAAGCAGAUGAUGAGUCCGAAAUUACAUUCGAUCCGGGGGAUAUAAUCAGUCAUAUUGAUAAAAUCGAUCAAGGAUGGUGGCAAGGCCUCUCGGAACGUGACGGAUCUUACGGCCUUUUCCCAGCUAACUAUGUUGAACUCUUAAACGACUAAUCGGACUGAAUUCUCCACAUUUCAUAGUUAGAUUUUUUAGCAUUUAAACGCAUAAAUUCUCUAUAAAAUGAAGAAAUCAAACGCACUAGGAACUGAAACUAUAAAACACUCAGCAUGUAUUAUCCUGAAGAAAUCAAUGCACCAUUUACAGCGCAUUUUUUUUUUAGAGAUUUUCAUAAUAUAUACUUAUUAUAUGUGUGAUGUUCAAAGUAUCCCCUCCUUACCCAUUUUUUUUUUUAAGAAAAGAAUUAUUACACAAAAAUUGAAUGUAAACGAAAUUUUUUUAGUCAACAUGAGAUACCAUUUUAAUCGAUCGCCAAAUUAUGGAGCAUUCCAGUGCAAUAAAAAACUAAAUCAUGAGUUGAUGCUAUAAGCACACAAAUUCUGUAAGGUCAUUGAAAAUUCAAGUGAAAAUGAGAAAAUAAAAGUAAAACUAUA